GAUCGAGGAUGAGACCCCCGGGAUCGAGGAUGGAACCCCCGGGAUCGAGGAUGAGACCACCGGGAUCGAGGAUGGAACCCCCGGGAUCGAGGAUGGAACCCCCGGGAUCGAGGAUGAGACCCCCGGGAUCGAGGAUGGAAUCCCCGGGAUAGGGGAAGGGUUCCUGGCCGUGGAGGAGGGGAUGGAGAGCGGGUUCAUGAACCCAGGUGAGCGCUGGCCGGAGCAGCCGGACAGUUACCUGUCCAUCGAGGAGUGCACGGAGCACGACAUGUUCUUCCUGGCCCCCGGAGCCUCCGACCCCGACUCCGACCCCGACGAAAUCUUCCUGAGCGCCCACGACGAGCUCAGCCCGCUGGGGACUGCCCCGGACACCCCCGAGGGACCCCUGGGCACGGGGACAGCCCUGGAGAUCCCGGAGAUCCCGGAGAUCCCAGAGAUUCUGGCCCAAGCACCCCUGGAAAAGGAUGGUCCGGGAGUGCGGGACCCCCCCCGGGACCCCCGUGGGGAAGGGGGUGGAGGGGAGGGGGCUGCGGAGGGAGAUUCCAGCCCCAGCGCUGGGCUGUGGGGGGAGGGAGGAGAGGUCGGGGGUCCCGCUGGGAACGGGGGAGCGGACGGAGCUGGAUCCCAGCCCCUCAUCCCGGGGGAGGGCGAUUCCCGGGAUUUAGGGGGGUCUCCUCCGGCCCCGCCCCUGGCAGAGCCCCCCGAGCCCCCCGGGGCUGUCCCAGAAGGGGCCGAUGUCACCCCCGGGGUCACCCCGACCUCUCCCCCUGCCCUGGCCCCUGGAGAGCCCCCCAAACCCCUGGAGCUGAUCCAGGACGAGCACCCCGAAUUCCCGGAGCCCCCCAGGCCCUCGGAGACCCCCGGAUCACAGGAGCUGAUCCAAGUUGAGUCCCCGAGACCCAUAAAGUCGAUCCAGGAUGAAACCCCCAAAAACCUGGAGCCCAUCUCUGCUGACCCCCCGAAAUCCCUGGGGCUCCCUGGAGCCCUGCAGCUGAUCCAGGACGAGCCCCCCAAAUCCAUGGGGCCGAUCUGGGAUGAGCCCCCCAGAUCCCUGGAGCCCCCCAAAUUCCCAGAGGCUCCCAGGCCUCCAGAGCCGAUCCAGGAUGACCCCCCUGGAUCUCUGCAGCUGAUCCAGGAUGAGCCCCCCAAAUCCCUGGGGCCGACCCUGUCUGAGCACCCCAAAUCCCUGGAGCCCCCCAAAUCCCUGGGGCCGACCCUGGCUGAGCACCCCAAAUCCCUGGAGCCCCCCAAAUCCCUGGAGCCGAUCCAGGAUGAGCCGCCCAGAGCCCUGGAUCCAAUCUGGGGUGAGCCCCCCAAAUCGUGGGAUCCUCCUGGACCCCUGGAGCUGAUGUGGGAUGAGAGCCCCAAACCCCUGGAGCCGAUCCCAGCCGAGCCCCCCAAAUCCUGGGACCCCCCCAAAUCCCUGGAGCCGAUCCCAGCCGAGCCCCCCGAAUCUUGGGACCCCCCCAAAUCCCUGGAGCCGAUCCAAGACGAGUCCCCCAAACCGUGGGACCCCCCCAAAUCCCUGGGGCUGAUCCCAGCCGAGCCCCCCAAACCCCUGGGGCUGAUCCUGGCUGAGACCCCCAAACCCUGGGACACUCCUGGACCCCCAAAUCUGAUCCGGGACGAGCGCCCCAAAUCCCUGGAGCCGAUCCUGGCUGAGUCCCCCAAAUCCCAGGACCCCCUGGGACCCCCAAAUCUGAUCCGGGACAGGCGCCCCAAAUCCCUGGGGCCGUUCCCGGCCGAGCCCCCCCGGCUCCCCCCGCGCAGUUCCCGCCGCCCCCUCCCCAUUUUGGGGGCUCGGGUGCUGCUGGCCCGGGCCGUGCCCGUGUUCCCAAAGCCCCCGGGGACCGAUGGGUCGGGCGGGGAUCCCGCACCCUCGGGAAGGUCCGGCCCCGUCCCCGCUCCCCCGCCGCGGCCCUCACCGAGCGCCGCCCGCUUCCAACAUGGCGCCGCCCUCACCCAAGAUGGCGGCGGGGCGGCGGAAGCGCCUCUGGCCUCGCCGUCUAAGAUGGCGCCGCGCGCGGCCCCGCGCGCUAAGAUGGCGGCCGGCCGUGAGAGCGGCCGUGCCCGGCGCCAAGAUGGCGGCGCGGCGCUGCGCGGAGCGGCGCCCCGGCCCAAGAUGGCGGCGCGAAGCCGGGCCGGGGCCGCGUGA